AUGAGGUUGUUCUCUCUAAUUUUAUGCGCAAUAUGGCCAAUUGGCAUUGCCCUAGGCGCCUCCUCAAAGGAUGGAGAUAAAUAUCUGAAAUUCAAGGCUGCGUCAAGAUCGUCUGGCGCAGUGUCGCUGGACGACGCAAGCUAUCUUGAGCUCACAGCCGCGCCACGAGACUACCAUACAAUCGUCCUUCUAACGGCCCUUGACCCGCGCUUUGGAUGUGAUAUUUGCAAGAUGUUCCAGCCAGAGUGGAAUCUUCUCACUCGGACGUGGAAUAGAGCCAAGCUUGGAGAAUCAAAGGUGGUGUUUGGCACACUUGAUUUUACAAGUGGAAGAAGCACAUUCCAGCAGCUCAAACUUCAAACUGCUCCGAUUAUCCUGCUUUUCCCCCCGUCUACGGGCCCAGCUUCCAAGAACAAGCCAGCUCGAUACGAUUUUACCAAUCCGGUUACUGCAGAACAGAUGCAUUUAUGGAUUAGCCGUCACCUCCCCGAUGUUCCGAAGCCCAACCUGGUUCGGCCCGUAAACUACUCCCGAGUUAUUGGGAUGUUGAUAGGAGCACUGGCCGUUAUAUCCAUUGUAACCGUUUCGUCCAAAUACAUACUGCCCCUUUUGCGCAGCCGAAACCUAUGGACUGCACUGAGCCUCCUUGCCAUCCUCCUUUUUACUACCGGACACAUGUUUAACCAUAUCCGCAAAGUCCCAUAUGUUGCUGGUGAUGGUAAAGGAGGAAUCAGCUACUUUGCUGGUGGUUUUCAAACUCAAUUCGGACUAGAAAGUCAGAUUAUAGCUGCAAUCUACGGCGUUUUGUCCCUUGGAUCAAUUGCACUUGCUAUGAAAGCACCCCGGAUCUUGGACCCUCAGUCCCAGCGAGUCACUAUCAUUCUCUGGAGCGCCGUGACCUGGGUCAUGUACAGCUUCCUCAUCAGCGUCUUCCGCGGGAAGAAUGCUUCAUACCCUCUAUCGAUUCCUCCAUUCUAA